AUGUCUUUGCUCACAGAUCUCCCCGCCGAGCUCCGGCAGCAUAUCAUACGGCUGAUCCCUGGCAGCGUGCCAGAAGAAAUCCGGCUCGACUACACUGGGUGGCCCGACCCAGUCGAUCAACUGCUUCUCACUUGCAAGCUGCUCCGCGCUGAUACAAUCCAGCUCAUGAGCACAUGGUCGUUCGACUGUCUCAUCCCGCGCAGCGACGAUAUUAAACGCCUUCCCCGUCUCAUCUGCGCCAUGCAGACAUUGGGCCUUAAGAACAAGGUCCGCAAGAUUCGCCUGCUGAUCUGGUCCAAUAUCGAGAUUGAACACGUUCGCCCUCUUGGUGACCACAAUUAUUGCGGCGGUGAGCUCCGUAGGAUGGGGCAGGUAUGGAUGAAGGCUCUGCGGAUGCUGCCCCCUGGCGAUAUCAAGACCGUUGUUAUCGAUGUGACCCCUUUGCCUCAGACGAUGAUCGAGCGUCACCCGAAUUUGGUCCGUGCAAAUCUCAUAGAACCGCGGACGCAGAUUUUCUUGUCGGAAAACUGGCACGUGAUUUGGUUCAUCAUCAUGCUCCUAAAACGAUUCUUCAAACCCAAGGAGUUCAAACAACCCUUGGCCUGGCCCUGGAAGGCGAUGGGGGAAGGAGAAGGCAACGCCGAUCUGCCGCAGGAACCUGCCUGUUGGGAGCGUCCGGCAAGACUUGUGUUAGGCGGCCAGUUUGGAGAGCGCUCUAGAUCGACAAUUAAAACAUUGCUGAACACUGCUGGGACUGCCCCAGAGCGGGAUAAGCUCAGCAUAUGUAACUUCCACGGCACUGUUUACGACGGGGAGAUGCCCGCACGUCUCUCACUGCACCGUCUGGUCCAGAGAUGCGGCAUCCACCUGGAAACCAGCGGGUCGACGGAAGACUACGCGCUUGACGUUUCUGGUAUCACAUUGCCGGAGGGUCCCCAGACGAACGACGUCGAGCCGGACAAGGACUUCUCGGCCCUGAGUCCUCUAGCUGUGUCCAAGAACAGCGCCACCGCCUACUACGUCCACGCCUUGGAGGAUGAAGCCAGUGCCCGGGCAGUGGUUAUCAAACUUCUCAUGUUCGCCGUCGACAGUCGGAAAUCCGCUGAUGCAAGGCUGUGUUUGGAUUUUCUUCUGGCACUGCCACCCAGGCGGGACCUUGUACACGAGCUUUGUCGGGAUCUCGGGCUUGGAUCGGAAAAUGUGUAUGGUGAGUACGAGGAAUUCAUCCGGGUUACGUCGCCGCCUGAGGGCAAAAUAGACCGGGCUUUGGAGCAGCCGAUGGAAGUACUCUCGAUCGGCCACGCCGUAGCGCAAACUGAGUAA